AAUAUAUAUAAAGUACCUGGCACAUAGUAGGCACCAAGAAAUAACUGUUACUAUUAUUGUUAAUGUUAGGAGAGCCCUGCCCAGCCUAUCGUGUGUGGCCUUGACCUUUGAAUUCUCAAAGGUGACUGGUCCAACCCCUAUCCCCACAUAUGCACUUAUUACCUAAGGUAGCUCUUUCAGCAGCUGGAAGGAGCUAUUUUAAAGAACCCAAGUCAGAGGAACUAAACCAGAUCUGGAACUCUGACCUUUCCCCUCACCUCCCUGCCACUCACCAGCCAGCCGCCUCUUGUCAGGUGAUCAGGCUGUCAACUAAGCUUCUGUAGGGUAAGGUUUCAGGUCAGCUGGAGCAUAUAAAGAUAGGUGCCAAGCCAGAGGCAGCAGAGACAACAGUGAAUGGCGAGGGGGCAACUAGACCCCUGCUGCCACCUCCUGGGAUGGAGCCCUAAGGAGCCUUAAGGCGGCCCUGUGCUUCCGCUACCCUGGCUGGACUCACAGCCUCCUCCCUGCAUUAAAGCUCAGAACUGCAAAGCGGCCUCUCUCCUUGGACCUCUGCUGGGCCCUAGAGGGACCAGGCAGAACCUUCUGGGACCAUGGUUGGACUAAAGCCUUCAGAAGUACCUCCCACCACAGCUGUGAAAUUCCUGGGGGCAGGCACAGCGGCCUGUUUUGCUGAUCUCCUCACCUUUCCACUGGACACAGCCAAGGUCCGCCUGCAGAUCCAGGGGGAGAACCAGGCAACCCAGGCAGCCCAGAGACCCCAGUACCGCGGCGUGCUGGGCACCAUCCUGACCAUGGUGCGCACCGAGGGCCCCCGCAGCCCCUACAACGGGCUGGUCGCCGGCCUGCAGCGCCAGAUGAGCUUUGCCUCCAUCCGCAUUGGCCUCUACGACUCUGUCAAGCAGUUCUACACCCCCAAAGGAGCGGACCACUCGAGCAUCACUACCCGGAUUUUGGCAGGCUGCACCACAGGGGUCAUGGCGGUAUCGUGCGCCCAGCCCACGGAUGUGGUGAAGGUCCGGUUUCAGGCCAGCAUACACCUUGGGGCCGGGAGCAACAGGAAAUACAGUGGGACAAUGGAUGCCUACAGGACCAUUGCCAGGGAGGAAGGGGUCAGGGGCCUAUGGAAAGGAACUUUGCCCAACAUCACAAGGAAUGCCAUCGUCAACUGUGCCGAGAUGGUGACCUAUGACAUCAUCAAGGAGAAGCUGCUAGACUAUCACCUGCUCACUGACAACUUCCCCUGCCACUUCAUCUCUGCCUUUGGAGCUGGCUUCUGUGCCACAGUGGUGGCCUCCCCAGUGGAUGUGGUGAAGACCCGGUACAUGAACUCGCCCCCAGGGCAAUACCGCAGCCCCCUGGACUGUAUGCUGAAGAUGGUGGCCCACGAGGGCCCCACAGCCUUCUAUAAGGGAUUUACACCAUCCUUUUUGCGUUUGGGAACCUGGAAUGUGGUGAUGUUCGUGACCUAUGAGCAGCUGAAACGGGCCUUCAUGAAAGUCCAGAUGCUACGGGAAUCUCCAUUCUGAAUAAAGCAAGCCCACCUGGUACUUAACUAGAACAAGAACCAGUGGGUCCAGGCACACACAAACCCACACAUGUUUACAGAACUGUUUACUUGCUACUGAGUCAAGAAAUAGAAGCAGAAGAAGGAUUCUGGUCUUCGGUGCUUUGUCUUAAGAACACAUCUGUUUUGCACUGACAAGAUGGAAAUUAAAUUAUAUUAAUUUGGGGGACCCAUAUGUUGGAUGCCUAACAUUUAGGCAAGAGAAAAUAAACCAAAACAUCCAUUUGGAUAAAACAAAAGCUUGCAAACCUCUGUGCUCUAAAAAAAAAUCUGAUUAAAUGACGAAUUGAAAACAGGGAAGACUGCAAGCAUGGGACAGCAGUGGCACAUGACACUUGGAAAGCAGCUCAGGAGUUUGGAGGGAUGCUGCCAAAGCAACAUAGCUGUGACUACAGCCUUUGGUUAACCGUGGAUCAUCAGCCAUAUAUGUAAUGUGCCUGCCAUUUAGAAGCCAUUGGGAUUCUAGAAAAUAUGAGACCAAAAAAAGACAGAGAGAAAGAAAACCUGGAACCUGUGCCAAAGGAACACUGCUGGGCCAGCAUGAGGCUGAGAUUCGUAACUGUUCCCUGAUUACACUGGAGAAUCAAGAGGGCGGACUCCAUCUUCUCUCCUGUAAGAUGGGAGUAAUAAUCGUUUCCCUCCUCUCUCACCAGUGAUUGUAUGAGGAUAAGUGACAAGGUGGACA